CUUUCUCCCUUCCUCCCUCCUUCCUCCUCCACAUCCCCCCCCGCACCCCUCUCGCCAUCACAACGACGACGAGAGCCCGUCAUGGCUGCCGCACGACGCUCCUCCCAUGCUGCUCCCUCCAAGGAGGGAAAGCACAUUGACCAGAAUGGCCAGGUCUUUGAGCUGCCCACCUACACCAUGAAGAUGAUCCACGACGCCAUCCCAGCACACUGCUUCCAGCCCUCCAUCCUCCGCUCCAUGGCCUACGUGGUGCGCGACUACUUCUACGUCGCCGCCCUCUGCUACGCCGCCUCCUACAUCGAGUACAUCCCCAACGCCUACGCGCGCGGCGUCGCCUGGGCUGCCUACUCCGUGCUCCAGGGCUUCGUGUUCACCGGGAUCUGGAUCCUGGCACACGAGUGCGGACACGGUGCUUUCAGCAAGAACAAGCGCCUCAACAACAUUAUGGGCCUGAUCAUGCACUCCUUCCUCCUCGUUCCCUUCCACAGCUGGCGUAUCAGCCACAGCGCCCACCACAAGGCUACGGGUAACAUCGACAAGGAUACGGCUUUCGUGCCGCACGUGCGUGAGAGCUGGGUUAAGUCGUAUCAGGGCCAGGACGCGGGUGUUGAGUCCGUGGAGCUGUCGCACCUCGCUGAGGACGCCCCGCUUGUUACGCUGUGGGUGUGCAUCAAGCACCAGCUUUUCGGGUGGCCGGGGUACCUCUUCGCCAACCUGACGGGACAGAAGUACGACAAGGGCUUCCCGCAGUUCUCGCACUUCUACUUUGGCGAGGACAGCGUGCUGUUCAAGAAGGAGCAGCUGCCUUUGAUCAUGCUCAGCGAUGCGGGCGUUGCUGCCAUGAUUGGCCUCCUUAUUGUUGGUGGACAGAUGAUCGGUAGCUGGAACAUGGUUCUUUACUAUAUGAUCCCCUACCUCUGGGUGAACCACUGGAUUGUCGCCAUCACCUUCCUCCAACACACCGACGGCAGCCUCCCCCACUACAACAACAACACCUGGAACUUCGCCCGCGGCGCCACCGCCACCAUCGACCGCGACCUCGGUUUCAUCGAUACGCACCUCUUCCACGACAUCAUCGGCACGCACGUGUGCCACCACCUCGUCUCCACAAUCCCCUUCUACCACGCCGGCGAGGCCUCGGACGCCAUCCGCAAGGUGAUGGGGACGCACUACCGCGCUGACCGCGCGACGCCGUUCAUGUGGGCGUUCUGGAAGAAUCAGCGCGCGUGCAAGUUUGUGGAGGAGAGUGUUGAGGGGAGUGGAGUUUACUUUUACCGUAACCUCCAUGGGACGGGAGAGCCGCCGAAGGAUUUGACUGGCGGAAAGGCCCAGGAGGUCGCCGAGUUGUUGGGGGGGAAGAAGGGUGCGGCGACUACGACGACUGGUGUUGCGGCGGCGUCACAGGCGAAGAGGAGACUGAGUCACUCGGCGCAGAUGACUGCUAAGGCGUUGCCGAUUUUGGUUGCGGAGUAAAGAACUGGCCGUUUGGAUAAGUUCCUUUUUCUCUGUGGUUGAUCGAUCUCUGGCAUCUUGCGUUCGCUUGCGUCGGGGGCGUGUAUUUGUACGAUAUUUCCCCUCCUCCUCUCCCACGCUUUGGGACUCACACAUACAUACACCUUUUCAACAUCUCUCGUUUUCUGCUGGGAAUAUAACAACUUCGGCUGGUGGAUAUUUGAUACUGUCCGCCAUUUGGACACCCUGCUCGACAGCAACACAAUUCUGGAUAUCCGACAAUCAAUCUCGUCAUGAUUUUUCCUUUUAGAAUCUUUUCCUACUUUCCGGGGGGGGGGUUUUUUUAAUAGAGAGGCAUAGAUACAAGACUUAGACAAAGACGCUCGGUGCGGUUGAUAGACGAAAAGAAAAGAGAGCUGGAUUAGAGCUGGUGUUUUGUUUUGGUGGAUAGAGGAAAAGGGGAGAGAGAAUAAUACAUACAAUGAGAUACCCUGGUACCCAUCACAUCCCAUCUCUGUCUGUCUGACUAAUCUAAAAACCAAACUGUGAGGCCAACGACAUCAUCAAUGAUCGUGGCAUAAAAGUAAUGAGAGGAGCGAUAUAACUAAAUAGCA